AUGGGGCCGUCGAUGGAGGAGGAUUACAGGAUGCAGGACGCCACCUUUUGCAGCUGCUUCCAUGUGUUCAUGGCGCAAAUAAUCGCCGUCAUCAACAACAACAAAAACAAGAUGGCAGGACAGGAUCAGGACGACAGGAUUGGGUCCUGGUUCCUGGGGACGGAUAGGGCUGGAGCUGAGGAAUCCAAAGAUGAGUUGAGAGACGUUGACGCUGACGCCAUUAGCACCGAGUUUUGCAGCAUCAACGACAAACUUUAA